AUGAUUUUACAUAUGCAGAAUGUUGAUACAGUUAAUAAUAAGUUUGCAAACUUAAUAAUAAGUAUUCAAUCAAAAGAUGGUUCGAUGUGCCCUUCCUGUAAUGAAGGCAGUCGAUAUUUAAAUAAAAUUAUUACCGGAGUAGAUGUUCUUAUAUGUAGUGAAUGUACCGCCAUCUUUUCAGGUGCAAACGAAACAGACUUUGACACCUUUGAUUCACUACUACAGAGAGUACAAGAAGAAACAGGCAAUGCAAACCUAAGAUUAGAAGAUCUCAUUAUUGGCGAUGAUGAGCCUGAAAUACAAAAUGAAUAG